AUGGAAGGUGGUUAUAAGCCUCAAGGCCGUAUUCGUUACCAAAGCGUCAGCGGCGAAAAGUACAUGGUAGUCUGGGAUAACCACAAGGGUGUUGAUUCACCAUCUCCCUUUUUACAUGUUGAAGAAUUAUCGGAUCCAGAUAAAGCCUAUCUUUUCGAUGUCACCUUGAAUGUGAAAAAAGCAUUUUUUGCUCUUGUCUACAAUGGUGUACGUGUUGCUAUCCUAUGGGAUUCAAUUGAACAGAAACAUGUUGGCAUGUUGACUAUCACAGAUUUUAUACGUAUCCUGCAUCAGUAUUAUCGUUCACCGGAUCAACCAAUGACUGAAUUAGAAAAGCAUCAGAUUAAAACAUGGCGAGAUCAGCUAACCGAAUAUCAACGUUCACUGAUUUUUAUCAAACCAGAGGAUACUCUACUAGACGCUGUGCGUAUGUUACUGAAGCAUAGAGUACAUCGUCUACCCGUAAUUGAUCCAAUUAGUGGAAAUCCAUUACACAUACUGACGCACAAACGUGUUCUUAAAUAUCUACAUAUUCACAUUACUGAACUACCAAGUCCCUCGUUUAUGUCAAAGAAGUUACGUGAUCUCAAUCUUGGCACAAUGAAAGAUGUUUGUGUAGUUAAUCAAAAUUGUCCAGUUCACAAAGCUUUACAACAUUUUAUUGAUCAUGGUGUUUCAGCACUACCUGUAGUUGAUCAAGAUGAACAGUUAGUGGAUAUUUAUGCAAAAUUCGAUGUUAUUAAUUUAGCAGCUUCAAGAACCUAUCACAAUUUGGAUAUCACUGUCUAUGAAGCUUUGAAUUAUCGACGUGGUAAAUUUCAAGGUGUUGCUACAUGUCAGUUGGAUGAUACACUGGAAAUGAUUGUGAAUAAGAUUGUUGAUGCAGGAGUACAUCGUCUUGUCACAGUUGAGGAGAACAAAGUACUGGGGAUUGUUUCUCUAUCAGAUAUCUUAAGGUUUUUAAUCGGUGAACCGACAGUGAUGAGAAUUGCGUCGAAUUUAUCAACACAAAGCGACUGUCUCCACAGAGAACUUGUUUGA